UAUAAUGACACUUUUCAGAUCAGAGAAAUUUUACAUAACAGCAUCAGAAUUUAGCAAAAACAGUCCUUGAUUUUUAAUUUAUUGAUUAUCCGAUGCGAUUACAAUUACCACAAACAAUUUAUUAGACUAAAUCAUAAUAUACUGUACUUACUGACAAGCCAGUACACUCUUCUAGUCAACUACUUUAACUCGCAAGAAGAAUAAGGGGCAUGCAUAGUCAUAGGUCUGAACUGAAUUUUAAUCUCGAGUAGUUUUCGGCCAACAGUGAGCUCCAUUGAUUGGGUUUGCUGUGGCUGCGAAUGCAAAUAAAUUCUGAUCAUGACUACCACCGACUCUGCAAGAAGCUCGGUCAGCAGUGCCUCCUCAAAUGGAUCGUCACUUAGCUCAGCACCGAGUAAAGGUGCUGCGUCCGAUGGCGGUCAACAAGCCCCGGCGGAGCGUACGGGAAUCUCCUGGCCAAUGGCUUCAUUUUUCUUGCUCGCUCAAAUGGCCGGCGCCGGGUUUCUUUCCUUACCGAUGGCCCUAAAUAACACUGGUUGGCUGGGAGCCCCUAUGAUGGUUCUUCUAUGCGCUGCUGUAGGACUUGCAGGAGUUUGCCUGGGCAUAUCCUGGGUGAUACUCGAGGAACGUUGGCCUGAAGAAUACGGGAAUACUGUCAGACAACCUUACAUGGAUAUCGCAUACAGGGCUCUCGGGGAACCUGGAAGACAAGUGGCGCUAUGGAGCGUCAUUCUAACCCUCAUUGGAGGCUCGACCGUCUUCAUUAUUCUAAUGGCACAACUCACCAAUGCGAUCACUUCUGCGCUGUCGACCUGCGAGUGGGUGCUGGUCUACGGUGCCCUGCUGCUGCCGUUCACGUGGCUGGGCACUCCGAAAGACUUCUGGCAAGCAUCAGUAAUGGCCGUAGGAGCGACUGUCAUCGCCUGCCUGGUCGUCUUUGUUAUGCUUUUCGUCACCCACGAAGACGAUCCAUUUAUCCAGUAUCCAAAUCCGACAGUUUCGUCAUUUUCGUUGGGAUUUGGCGCAAUUCUUUUCGCAUUUGGAGGCGCUUCAACUUUUCCGACCAUACAAAACGACAUGAAGGACAGGACGCAAUUUUGGAAAAGUGUAAUUGUAGGCUUUCUGGGCGCGCUAUCGUUAUACUUGCCGGUAGCCGCCGCCGGUUACGGACUGCUCGGUAACACCGUAGCGGGCAAUAUCUUGCUGUCGGUUGGCUUGAGUCCUGUCGUGAAAGUAGCUAUUGUCACAGAAAUUAUCAACCUUCUCGGCACCUACCUUAUCUCUUUCAACCCAAUUGGACAGUCAUUCGAAGAAAUGUUGAAAAUACCGAAUAAGUUCUGCGUUAAAAGAGUCGCCAUGAGAUCCUCGGUCGUGUUGAUAGAGGUCCUGAUCUGUCUAGCGAUCCCAGAUUUCGGUUUAAUUCUGAACUUGAUAGGAGGCUCAACAGUGACUCUGAGUUCGUUCGUCCUGCCCCCUAUUAUGUACAUGAGGCUGGUCGACAACGCUGAUAACACAAAAUGGCCAAAAAGAUCCAUCCCGCUGUGGCUGCGGAUAGCACUGUGGGAGAUCGUGCUCAUAGGAGCUAUAGGAGGCAUAACAUCAACGGUGUUCGCCGUUAUCGACAUCCUCAAUCCUGACAGCUUCGGGAAAUCUUGCUUCGUGGACUUCACUUAAUGAUGUAUUGAUUGCUUUGAUUGGUAAAUCUAGGAAAAUGACGUUGGAACAACGUUGAUUAUGACUUUAUUUCGUUUAAACAACGUUUAAUCAACGCUAUUUCAAAGUCAAAAUGCCUGGUGUGAUAUGAGUUAUUAUCGCUAAGUUUCAACAAUCCUGGGUCCCUCUUAUUGAUUGAAAAAUUACAGAUAAUUUUAGUAUAAAUUGAUAGGGUUGACGAAGAAUUUCUCUAACGGAUUCAAUUGAUUGAUUAUUUUCGGGUAGUUGCUCCGUAAACUAAUGAAAUUAUUAA